AUGGUUACCUAUAGUAUUGAAUCAAAAUUCAUGGUUAUAUUAUUUAUUAUUCAUAUUGGCCACUCGCUAGAGUUCAAUGGAUUUGAUGACACCAUGUUGUAUAAAAUAAAUUGGCCAGGUAAAACUGAAACUGACAGAAUGGUGAAGGUUAGUUAAAAACAAUGAAAAGUUGAAAGUAACAUGUAUUUCAAUUAUUUGCAAAUUUAUAGCUGUGUGUUAUUAAACAAUAAAAUCAUAAUUGUUAACUUAUAACUUAAAUGGUAUAGUAUUAAAAUUGUACUGGUAGAUAUCCUAAAAAUACAAAUUGUAUAAAUCUAUACUAUUAAAAAUUUAGAUUAUAUAGUAUAAAAAAAAUAUAUACUGAUUUGAUAGUUGCCUAAUAAAUUAGUGUUACAAAAUUAUCAAUGUUAAUUUUUGUUUUGUUAGUAGAAUAAAUAUAGUAACAUACAAAUUUAAUUUCCCAUUUUUUCUGUAUAGUAAGUAGUUACUUUUGGGUAACAAAAAUUAAUGCUCAAAAAAAAAUAUUUAUUAUUAUUGUUCUUUGGCCUCCUAAAUAACCCAAGUAAUUUUAUUCAUUUUGUUUAAGAAAAAUCUCUUUUCAAAUUUAAUACUUUGUGUAGAUGAAACUAAUUAUUUAAGUUUUACAGGCACAAAAAAUAGUAUUAAUUUUAAUAUAGGUAUUUAAGUAAUCUACUGCUAUUUUCAAAUUUCUUAAAGAUUUUAUUUUAAUUUAUUAUUUAUUCAUUAGGAACACAGUGAAAAUACUUUUACUGUGCAAACAGCUAUCGGUGAAACAUAUCAGUGUUUUCUACCAAAUCAUGUUGAAAUUAAUAAAAAAUCUGAUUUACCAUAUGAAGGACCUAGUCCAUUUGAACUACUAUUAUCAUUAUUCUCAAAACAAACUUGUUCUUCCGGAGUAAAUAUAUAAUUGAUGUAACAUUAUAAAUAUUUUAUUCGCUACAGUAUACAUAUAUUUAAAUAGGUUGAUACUUAUUGGAUUUAUGAGGUAUGUCAUUUCCGAUAUGUUCGACAAUAUCAUAAGGAAGGCGAAGGAAAAACACAGAAGGUGCAAGAGUACUAUUUGGGUAGAUGGCAGAUUUUUGAAGGUCUCAAUGAAGGUAAAGUAAUCAAAUUAAUAAUAACUAAUGAUUAUACAUACCUACUAAUAUAAAUUUGACUGUAUUUUUAAUUAAAAUGUAUAGAAGAGAAAUACUUGUACCACUGCACAAAAUGUCUAAUAAUUUUUUAUUCUGACUUAAUUUUUAGUGAAGGAACCAAGAAGAUUUGCAAGUAUAAAUUGUCCUAGACCUACAAAAACAAGAAAAAUUGAUGGUAUUAACUUACCAUAUUUUGAAGCAAACAUGUCUGAUGGCACAGUUUGUGAUGUCAAUGGCCGUCAAAGACAAACAAGCGUAUUAUAUGUUUGUUAUCCUCGAAGUAAACAUCGUGUGUUUUCGGUAACAGAGACAUCUAUUUGUCAAUAUGAAAUUAUCUUUUUAACAUCAUUUUUAUGUAGUCAUCCUUGGUACAAGUUAGUAUUAGAAUUUUGGGGAUAUUAUUAAUCGAAAAUGAUCUUCAUAAAUAAAUGGUGUAUUGAAUAUUUAUUGAAUGUAGACCACCAAACAGUGAUGAAUUGAACAUUAACUGUUUUCCAGUAGACGAUUCACCACGCAAACCUCAACAUUUAAAAUUUCUCCAAUCUGAUACUUCUAAAUUGAAAAAGCAAUUAAAAAUUAUGCACACUGUAAGUUUAAAUAUUUAUAUUUGUANGUUGGCAUAUUAAUAACGGAGAAACUAAAAUACAGGUUAAAAUACAAUCAUCUUCAGAAACAGAAUCAAUUGGGUCAAAAAAAAAGUCAUCUUUAAUAAUAAACAGUUAUGCUAAAACAUCAAUUAAUGAAAUGAAGGAAUUUGUGUUUGGAAAUUUAUGUUUUCAUGGAGUGGGUCAAAUUAUAUUUAAACAAUUUUAUGAUUUUUAUUAAAUAUAAUAUUUCUAUUACAGGACGCUGGUUGGUGUACAUAUGAAAUAUGUUAUAAUGAAUUCAUACAAUUGAACAUAGAAAUAGGAAAACCUGAUAAAAUUGUUACUUUAGGCAUGUUUAAUAUACUAGACCAUAUUAAUUGGUUAAAUAAAAACGAAGAGAAGAAGCCAAAACUUGAUACAAAAGGAAAGAGAAAUAUUUUAUUUCAUUUUUAUUCUUCUGGAUCUAUCUGUCAAAAAACUGGUGAAAAACGAGAGACUGUGGUAAAUAUAACUAUUUAACUUGCUAUUAAUAUUUAUUUAUUUAUAACAAAAAAAACCAAUUACCACUUUUAUAUAACUAAUUAAAGAUACAUGGGUAUAUAAAUUAUCAUAAUACAGAAUACAUUGUAGAGCUUUAUUAACUGUUGUUGGUUAACAUUAAUAUGUUUUUUAUUAACACUUUUUAGGUGCAGUAUAAAUGUACAGAAGAUCAAUAUAAUGAAAAUUUAAUAGAUCUUUAUUUAUUUGAACCAAAACCAUGUAAAUAUGAGUUAAAAAUAGAAUCACCAUCACUCUGUGAAUUAAUAAAUGGGCCAAUUGAUGAAUCUGGAUUAUUCAAAAAGAAGGAUAAGGAUAUUAAUAGUAUAUUAAAAACUAUAUUUGAUGGUGACACGCAAACAAAUUUGAAUUACUUCACAAAAAAAGAAUUGUAG